AUGCAACUAUAUACAUUUAUAGAUUGGUUCUUUACAAUAGGAUCUAUUAUAAUAGCUAUUCUAUUAGGAAUAUAUGUUAAUGGAGCAGCUUGCCUUUUAGGAUUGUUCUUCUAUUUAAUAUACCCUUUUAUUAUUGAAUUCUGCUAUAAUCUUUUAAGUGUAAAAUAGGAAAUCAGCAUAACAAAUAUGCCUGAGAUACCAAUCAUAUAUCAUGAUAAUUAUAAUAUUACUGCUUGUGGUAUAGAAAAGCAGCAUCCAUUUGAUUCCUGCAAAUAUCGGAAUGUGUAUAGAUAAAUUAGAUAAAAAAUAAAGGCUUAACAUUUUACACCAUAAAUGCUCUCCAGAGGAACUUUUCUAUAUUUAGGUAUGAGUAAAUGGUACUUACUUAAAAUUUGUUACAGUGCAUAUAUCUCAACUUUAAUUGAAUUACAUGUAUUCUUUUUACCUGGAGUUUUCUUAAGAUCAUUUCUCUUAGAUUCAAUGCUUCUUGCAACAAGUGGUAGUGUAUAUGGUGCAAAACUAGCUCUUGAAAAGGGUUGGGCAAUCAAUCUAAGUGGAGGUUAUCAACAUGCCUCUUUAAAUAGAGGUGGUGGGUAUAUAUUAUAUUGUAUUACAUUAUUAGGUUUUGUAUUUAUCCUGAUAUAACUUUGGUAGUAAAUUACCUUAAGAAAUAUUGCAAUUUAAAGAAAAUAACAAUAAUAGACUUAGAUGCUCAUCAAGGAAAUGGCUAUGAAAGAGAUUUUCUUAAUGAUUCUUCAGUUUAUAUAAUAGAUUUUUAUAACUCUUAUAUAUAUCCUAGAGAUCGUUAAGCAGAAAAAGCCAUCAAAUGUUUUAAACACAUAGACAAGCGUACUACAGAUGAAUAAUAUAUUGAAAUACUCUAAAGAGAUCUUGAAGUAAAUCUCAAAGAUGAUAUGCAAUUCAUUAUUUAUAAUGCAGGUACAGAUAUUAUGGCAGGAGAUCCACUUGGUAAUUGUUCUAUUUCUGCUUCUGGAAUUAAAAAAAGAGAUGAAUUAGUAUUUAAGUGUGCAAGACAUAAAAAGAUUCCAAUACUUAUGUUACUAUCGGGUGGGUAUUAAAAAGAAAAUACAUUUGCAAUUGGAGAAUCUAUUCUAUAAUUAAUUACUUGA